AUGUUGAUUAGCUGGGCUGGCUGCCGACGCGGCUGGGAGCCUAGCGGGUCCCGCUGCGCUUUGGGCAGAGGUGGCAUCUUUCUUCCGCCCCCUCCUUGUCCCUAAGUUCCUACCCUCCGAGAAUCGCCCACGACCUUCACCCCCGUCCAUUUCUCCCUCUUCUCUCCGCGCCAGUGCCCCUGAAUCCUAAUCGCUCCACUCGUGGCGCCCCCCGCGUUUCUCCUCUUCGCCGCAAACCCCGCGACCUCCAGCAGCCCGCCCGCGCGGGCCCGAUCCUGCCUGGCGGCUCCCGCCGCAACCUCCUCAGCCUUCCCGCUCUCCCGGGGCUCGCGCCACUACACCCUCGGGUGUCUCCCCUCGAGCUUCCCGGUUCCCUCUUCUUCCCACCCCCUCGGAGCCCCCUCCCCCGCCUUGGCCGGCCGGCAUGCAGGUGUCUAUCGCAUGUACUGAGCAGAACCUUCGCAGCCGGAGCAGUGAGGACCGUCUGUGUGGACCCCGGCCGGGCCCCGGGGGCGGUAACGGUGGGCCGGUCGGCGCGGGGCAUGGGAACCCUCCAGGGGGAGGAGGGUCGGGCCCUAAGGCCCGGGCCGCCGUGGUCCCCCGACCCCCAGCGCCUGCUGGGGCCCUCCGAGAGAGCACCGGCCGAGGCACUGGCAUGAAAUACAGGAACCUAGGAAAGUCUGGUCUUCGGGUAUCCUGCCUUGGCCUAGGUACCUGGGUCACAUUUGGUUCUCAGAUCUCAGAUGAGACAGCAGAGGAUGUGCUGACAGUAGCCUAUGAGCACGGUGUAAACCUGUUUGAUACCGCCGAAGUGUAUGCAGCAGGAAAGGCUGAAAGAACCCUAGGAAACAUCCUCAAGAGCAAAGGUUGGAGGAGAUCAAGCUAUGUCAUCACUACCAAGAUUUUUUGGGGAGGACAGGCAGAAACCGAGCGAGGCUUGAGCCGCAAACACAUCAUUGAAGGCUUGCGAGGAUCCCUGGAGCGCCUCCAGCUGGGAUAUGUGGACAUCGUCUUUGCCAAUCGUUUGGAUCCCAACAGUCCCAUGGAGGAGAUUGUGCGAGCCAUGACCUACGUCAUCAACCAGGGCCUGGCCCUAUACUGGGGAACAUCCCGAUGGGGGGCUGCAGAAAUCAUGAGAGAGAAGGUGGAGAUGCAGCUGCCAGAGCUCUACCACAAGAUUGGUUCGCAGUCCCCUCAUCCCUGCCUUUCCCUCGGCCUCACCAUCACUGAGAUCCCCUUCCCACAUCCGGUCCUCUCCGUCUUAGGUGUUGGCUCAGUCACCUGGUCCCCUCUGGCCUGUGGCCUCAUCACUAGCAAGUAUGAUGGGCGAGUCCCAGAUACCUGCAGGGUCACCAUCAAGGGCUACCAGUGGCACAAAGACAAAGUGCAAAGUGAGGAUGGCAAGAAACAACAAGCCAAAGUCAUGGACCUUCUCCCCAUCGCUCACCAGCUGGGCUGCACUGUGGCGCAGCUUGCUAUUGCGUGGUGUCUCCGCAGUGAGGGGGUCAGCUCGGUCUUGCUGGGGGUGUCCAGUGCGCAGCAGCUGGUGGAGCACCUGGGCGCCCUGCAGGUGAGCAAGGGACUCAGAGCCAGAGCUCAUCUCUGUCCCCUUCCCCAGCAGUCAAGACCUUGAUGUCCAACCCAGAAUGGGCCUGAGGUGCUGAGUCAGCUGACCCCGCAGACGGUGAUGGAGAUAGACGGACUCCUAGGCAACAAGCCGCAUCCCAAGAAGUAGUCCACCAGGGACGCAGGAACCCAAACCCUGAGCCGCUGCAUCCCCCAGAAACAUGUCCCCGCCUCUGCCUCCCUCCCGCUCCGGAUCCCUCCACGCAGCGGCCAAGACAGGGCGGCCCCGCCCACUAACGAGUUCCAGCUUCGAGUAGCGAUAGCAUGAACAAAGCCAUAUCCUCCCGCAGUGGGGCUUGAGAGGGAAAGUAGUCCGCCGCCCCCUGCUACGUCCACCUAGGCCUUCCUGCUAAUUCUGGGCAUGAGCUACUGGGCCGUCCUCUCUCUGCGACUUGGUCUCGCUCCUUCUCUCUUCCCCUAAUCGCCGAGGUCCAGGGAAAAACAAAAAGGCACAUACAAGACCCAUUGCAGAGUACCUCGAAAGUGGCCCUUGAAAUGUCAUCAAGGAGUUGAGAGUUCUAAUAAGAAGUGAGGUGUAGUGUCACCUGGAAAAACGGAAAUGGGACUCUUAAAUUCGUUACAAAGGAAGCCAGGCUGGUCCUGGCAGGAAGUAAAUGAUGACUUUUGGGAAACGGGGACCCUGCCUCAGCCAGGAGGUGGAGAAAAGUGUAAAACUAGAGUUCAUAUUGAUGCUUUGUUCUUGGGGAGAAGGGUAGAGUGGGGAGUGCAGUAGCAAAGCACCGGUGAGGGAAAUUUGAUGGCCAGUGUAUACAGUGUCCUGGCGGAAGUGGGCAGGGAAGACCUUGGAAAGCACACUGGGCCUCACUUCGCAGAAAACAGUGACAGCCUUUAGGUCACGGCAGGGAAAUGGGGCUAACAUAAAAGGUCUGGGGGGAUAAAACUUUGAGCCUUGAGCAGGACUUCCUACCUGGCAGGGAAGGACUGUGUCUUCCUCCUGGCAAUAAUCUUUUUUUUUUUUUUUUUCCUGGCAAUAAUCUUAAAGCAAUAAUGAUGGCCCUUCUUGUGCAAGACUUCCCAGGGAACUGUAAAUAAAAUCUCAGCUUGAUCAUCA